UCGUGCAGCAGCAGCGUCGGUCGACGUCCUCCUCCCUAGGCAGGCCAGCCGUCUGUUUACAAACACGCCUAGCCGUCGCCCCUAGUCCCUCACUGCAUCCCGUCGCUUCUGCCCCGCCGCCGUUGCUGGGACCGGUCAACUACACCCCACCACUCACCGUCACCCUCCCGUCAGCCUUCCCUCUCGACCCUCUAGGGAUACCGGACUCGGCCGUUCUCUGGUAGAAGGGGCUCGAGUACGGUACCGCAGACGCCAGCCAGCCUCAUGCCGUUAGUCAUAGCCCUCCCCCAUCGUCGCGCAAUGCCCCGUCCCUCGCAGUCUCAGUCGCAGUCUUCACGGCGGUCGCUUUCGCGCCACCCUGUCCACCGCCGCUCUGCUGUUUCCUCGUCUUCGCGCACCACUCGCUCCACAGCCCCGUCCAGCGUUUCCAUUUCCCCCUCGCGACACGUAAAAGGCGACACUAACGUCACCAUCAGACUCCGUAAAGGAAUCACUGUCAACCACACCACGGGCGCCGAGUACUAUACCGACGAGGAAGACUCGUCUGGCGUGCAAGUCUCGUCUGGUAGCCAGGGAGACUACACGGACGAAUCCGACGAAGAAGAAGAAGAAGAAGACGAGGAAGACGUCGAGGACGACGAGUGGGACUCGUGUGGUGACUACAUCGACGAGAUCCAGCCCUCAGACUCGGCCUCGCGCCCUCAAGUGAAGCGCCACGUCGUCCCUGCUCCCGCCGCACCACCCCCGCGACCCAAGCCUGCUCAUCGCGCCUCCUCGAGACACGCAGUACCCGUCUCAGACCCGCCCUCGCGCCACAGGAGCCGCAGCAGAACCACACUGGAGCCUGAACACCGCCCGCGACGGCGACGGCGCCAAUCCGUCCAUGCGGAUAGCCUCGAAGACCAGGACGACUACCCCUACGCGCCGUCUGCUCGCGGCGCCCCCGCGCCUCCCCCUCCUGGUCACCCCAGUCAAGGCUGGGGUCACAUACCGCAGCCCGCUCCCAACGGCUAUGCACCCAGCAUGAUGUCUGACCCUCGCUUCCACGGCUACCCAGGCGGCGCACAGUCGCCCGCAGGCCAAUUAGUUCCCUUUGGCCACGAGCCUUUCUACGCUCAGAACCCCUUUUCGCCCAAUGGACAGAACCCUUUCACGCAGCCUCCCCCUCCAGGUGCAGGUAGAGACCCCAACAACCCCUACUUCCCGGAGUAUCCCCCCGAUCAUCGUCAAGGCCGCCGCGGUCACCGCAACUCAAUGCCACCGGCACCGCAAGGAGAGAUGAUGCCCUUCUCGCCCAUGGGCUACUAUCCUCCGUACGGCGCGCCCUAUGGCAUGCCGGGAAUGCCUCCCAUGUAUCCACCAUACGGACACCCGCAGCACCCAUCUCCUCCGCCGCAGCACCCUCCGUCGAAGAGGGCUACUCCCAAGCCGCAGCAUCACGAGGAGGAACAGCAUGCGCCCCCGCCUCCUCCGCCACCAGCACAGACCCCAGCGAUGCAGAUGCAAGUGCCCAUGCAGAUGCAGAUGCCCAUGCCCAUGCCCAUAAUGCCUGCACCACCUCCGCCACCCGAUCCAAAAGAAGACGGUAUGCUCUCAAAGCUCGAGAGGCUGCUACUCAACAAAGCAGAAGACGACGAAAAGGCAGCAGAGCAAGCUAGGAAGGAUGCGGAAGCGGCCAAGUUCGCUCGUCUUGAGAAUCUGCUCAUCUCCCAGCAAGAAGCCCGCAUCGAGAAGGAUAAGGCCAAGAAGCAAGCAGCCGAAGAUGCUGCAAAAGCCGCAGCGGAUGCUAAGAAGGCUGGCGACGAAGACAAGCUCGAGAAGCUCGAGAAGCUUAUUCUCGCCCAAAAGGACGAGCAACUGAAGAGGGAGGCGGCAGCAGACGCGGCUCGUGCAGCUGACAAAGCGGCGGCAGACGCAGAGGCCGCCAAGAUUGCAGCAGAUAAGAAGGCGGCCGCUGAAUCAGCUAAGCUUCUACUUGAGGCAGCCCAAAAGGCCCGGGAGGAAGCGGAGAAGAAGGCUGCGGCAGAUGCUGAAGAGACGAAGAAGGCACAUGAGAAGGCGCUCGCUGAAGCCAAGGCUGCGGCAGAUGAGCUCGAGAAGGGCAAGAAGGCCGCGGAAGAAGAGGCAGCGAAGCUGAAGCCAUCCGACGCACCCAAGGCGCCGAUCAAGUUCAAAGAUGCCGUCGGCCGCAAGUUCAGCUUCCCAUGGCACUUGUGCAAGUCCUGGAAGGGCAUGGAAGAACUCAUCAAGCAAGCCUUCCUGCACGUAGAUGUUAUUGGCCCCCACGUUCAUGAAGGCCACUACGACCUCGUCGGCCCCGACGGCGAGAUCAUCUUGCCCCAAGUUUGGGAAACCAUGGUACAGCCUGACUGGACUAUCACGAUGCACAUGUGGCCAAUGCCUGAUCCUCCUCCACCACCUCCAGAGCAACCGAAAGAUUACGGUAUUCCGCCUAUUAUGCCCGAUGCAGCAGCCUUCUUAUCGCGCGAUCUUCCUCUGGGGAAGAGCAAGAGCAAGAGAGACAAGAGUAGAAAGCGUGAGUCAGUUCACCACCAUGCACACGUGGUGCAAGUGCCUCCAAUGCCUCCUCCUCCCCCAGGAGCUGCUAUGGGAAUGCCUCCCCCUCCUCCCCCUCCGCCUGGUGCUCCUGGUGGCGGCGCGCCACCCCCACCACCUGCUGUUGUCGUCAUGCCCAGUGGCGGCUCAGGUGGAGGCUCUUCCCGCAAGAAGCCCGCCCCAUCACCGUUCUUCAGGUGGGCUGCUGGCGGCAACAAUGCGCGCAAGGAUUCGAAGAAAAAGAAGACAUGAGCGUUGUUCGCACGAGACGUUUCCGCACAUGCACAUGCACAACAUGUCAAAUGAAUGGCUCUUUGCUGACUUUGACUUGUAGUGCUGGAGGUAGAGUGGGAUCAAGCCGACGACGUACGCAUCGUAAGAAGAUACUGGCCCGUGAACUACCGGUGAAGGCAUUACAGUCAAUCUACGAUUGCUUUGCUGGUGCCGUUAGUAGCUUUUCGCUAUCGUUAUCGCGCUGCUGUGUCGCUGGUCGAUCCCAUUCCUUUUUCAGCCUUGCAUUGUCGGUCCGUAACGCUGUUUAUGCAUGCCAUGCUUUUGCUUCACGAAUUACCGUCUCCGUCAGUAGUAGCUUGAGGUCUUAUCUCG